AUGGCGGUGGCGGUCCGCGGCGGUCGUGUCGGAUCGGCGGGCGGAUCCGUGAUCCGGAGCUUCUUCAGCUAUCGGAUCUUUGUUUCCGCCAUGUUCACGCUUCUAUUCCUCGCUACUCUUUCCGUACUGCUCUCAUCUCACCCAUCUCACAAUGAAACCGUUAUCGACCAUACAGGAGGCACCCAUGUAACUCGAACGUUUCUAACAUUGCGCUCAGAUCCUCUGAAGACUAGGUUAGAUUUGAUAGAUAACCAGGCAAAUAACCAUAUUGCCUUAGUUAAUGCAUAUGGCACGUACGCAAGGAAGCUCAAACUUGAAAUAUCGAAGCAGCUUAAGAUGUUUGAUGAUUUAGCUAAGAAUUUCCAGGAUCUUCAACUGAAGCAGACCUACCGAACUGCAUUGUUUGAAUCCGAAGGGCCAGUCGAUGAAGAUAUCCUGAGGCAGUUUGAGAAAGAGGUUAAGGAUAAAGUAAAGGUUGCUCGGCUAAUGAUUUCAGAUUCCAAAGAAUCUUAUGACAAUCAAUUAAAGAUCCAGAAAUUGAAAGACACAAUAUUUGCUGUUAAUGAGUUGCUUUUGAAGGCAAAGAAGAAUGGAGCCUUUGCCAGCCUAAUUGCUGCUAAAUCAACUCCCAAGAGCUUGCAUUGUCUUGCAAUGCGUCUGAUGGAGGAGAGAAUUGCACAUCCUGAGAAGUAUGAGGAUGAUGAGCCCAAGCCCGAGUUUGAAGACCCAACUUUAUACCAUUAUGCCUUAUUUUCUGACAAUGUGAUAGCAAUAUCUGUUGUUGUUAACUCUGUUGUCAAGAAUGCGGAGGAGCCAUGGAAACAUGUUUUCCACAUUGUUACAGACAGGAUGAACUUUGCUGCCACUAAAGUUUGGUUCAAAAUGAGGCCAAUACAGGGUGGUUCUCAUAUUGAGAUCAAGGCGGUGGAUAAUUUCAAGUUCUUAACUUCCUCGUAUGCACCUGUCCUCAGACAAAUUAGAUCUGCGAACCUACAGAAGUUUUACUUUGAGACGAGGGCAGAGAACACUACAAAAGAUGUGAACAACAUGAAAUUUAGAAACCCCAAGUAUUUAUCGAUGAUCAACCACCUACGGUUCUACCUGCCUGAGUUGUAUCCAAAGCUCCACAAGAUUCUAUUUCUAGAUGACGAUGUUGUGGUUCAGAAAGAUUUGACCGCCUUGUGGAAAAUCGAUAUGGAUGGAAAUGUCAAUGCUGCUGUCAAUACCUGCUUUGGCUCAUUUCACCGCUAUUCCGAAUAUUUAAAUUUUUCUCAUCCUCUCAUCAAGGAGAAAUUUAAUCCGAGGGCCUGUGCAUGGGCUUUUGGCAUGAACCUGUUUGAUCUCGAUGCUUGGCGGCGGGAAAAAAGCACCGAGCAAUAUCAUUAUUGGCAGAAUCUGAAUGAGGACCGUUCCUUGUGGAAACUUGGGACUUUACCUGCUGGGCUUGUAACCUUUUACUCGACAACGAAGACGCUGGACAAAUCAUGGCAUGUGCUUGGGCUAGGGAUCAAUCCCAGCAUCAGUUUAGAGGAAAUUGAUAAGGCUGCAGUUAUUCAUUUCAGUGGGGACAUGAAACCUUGGCUGGAUAUUGCCAUGAAUCGUUAUAAGCAUCUCUGGACAAAGUAUGUCGAUAAUGAAAUGGAAUUCGUGCAGAUGUGCAAUUUUGGCAUGUAA